AUGGUCAGUUCAAAAGGAAAAGAGAGGGGACGGAAAAGUAAGGGGAAGCCUCAUCCUCCAGGCCCACCAAAACCUAUCCCACCAAAGUCCAAACUUGGAAGGAUUGGAGGACGUAAAGACUCUCCAUCCUUUUCAACAAAUGUUGCGUUUAAAAUUUUAUCAAUAUUUAAGGACAUAAUGGAUGCUGCAAAUGAUGCAGAUAUGGUUCUGAAGAAUGCAGAAGUAAUGUCUUCAAAAGAAAUGAAUAAAUUGCUUUCAUCAACCGAAGCAUUAGAGGUGAAGAAGAUGGAAAUGGAGAUUGAAUCAUACUUAGUAAAUCAAGCACAACAGGUUUUGCAUGAAUCCAUUGAGCAUAUGGUCGAUAAUGAUAGGAGAGAAAGAGAACUUCUUGGUCUGAAAAAAGAAAUGUUGACCGAGCAACUGGAGAAACUAAUUGCUUUGGUAAAAGACAAGGAAGCAGAAAUAGCAGAAAAUGAUAUUAACAUUGAAAAAGUUGAGAAAAAGAUCACUGAAGUGGUCUCUAGCUUUCAAGAGGUGCAGUCAAGCAUAGAUACAAAAUAUUGUAACCUGCAGUCUGGCCUGUAUCAGAUGGAAUUGGACAAUGAAACUUUUUCUAGAAAAAAGAAGGAAAUUGAAGACUUCCUCUCUGAGGAAGAAGGCAGGGGGGCAAAGCUUAGGGAACUUGCCAGGAUCUCUGGAGAUGAAGCGAAUGCGUAUCAAGAAGUGGUUGGGCUUCGAAAGGUUCUGGUGCAGUUCAUUUUGAAAUCCACUGUGGAUAAAGUGAGGCUUGCCUCAACUGAGGAGCGACUUUCAGAGGAUGUCCAAAUGCUCAGGCAGGAGGUUUCUGCUUUGAGAUCUUCUCUUCAGGAGUUGUCAUCAACAAAAUCAAGUCUCCAGCAAUACAUUGAAUCCUUAAAACAGAGGCUUCUCUUCAUAGACAAAAGAGUCCCAGAACUGGAAGCAGAUAAAAAGGUUGCUGCUACUGCAAGAAAUUUCAAAGAAGCAGCACGGAUAGCUGCUGAGGCAAAGACUCUGUGUGUUGAAAAGGAAGGUGUGCAGAAAAAUUUGGAGCGGGCCAUGUUAGAGCUUGAGAAGCUUGAGGAAGAAAUUUGCAACACUGUUAACAGACUGCAGGAAACUGAAGCGCAGAUUUCAUCCAAGGAAAUGGAAUUGGCAACAGCUAGAUUCCAGAGGCUACACCUGAUUGUUGGUGUGGCCACAGCUGAGAGAUCAGCUGCUCUAGAAUUAGGUGACCUUGAAGAAGCUGACAUUCUACUUGCAGAGGCUAAAGCUGCAGAUUCUGAAGCAAGAAAACUUCAACCGGUUUAUCACUUUGAGGAAGAAUGUGCAAAUCUACCCAAACAUUUCAUCUCCAUGGAACUUGUAUCCAAUUUGGACCGGAAACAGCUGGCAGAAUUGGCGGCAUCUGCUCAGAUCUCUGAGUUUUCAUUAUUAUAAAACUGGGGAAGUGAAUUUGGGUUGAGCAACCAAAAUAGUUUCAGGCUCAAAUUUAUUUGCGGGAGCCUAUGUGAAGCAAAAGAAGCAUAAAUUUGGCUGAGCAUGAUGUUGAUGUGCAAUGUUUACUUAAGGGUAGGGUGAGGUGCACGGAUUGAAUUUGUCAUCUUCUACCCUUUCUAUGAUUCUUCUCCGAAGUCAUUUCAAUUGUGCAUUGUGAAUUAAUACUGAUCCUGCCUUUGUAGUUCCUCUUUUGUGUUUCACGGUAUCUGUGGAUCAUAUUGCUUGGAUAGGAAGUUUGGCUUACUGAAGAAUCAUUUUCUGGACCGAGUUCUCCAGCUAGAUACCGAGUAAGGUUUUUUCCCCAAAAAGGUCAUUCUCCAGUCUGAAAAUAGAUUGCAUCGGUGCGUGUAAAGCCUAUGUAAGCUUCAUUUUUUUUGUUUAUCUUUCCUGAGAUCAGGAUUGUUUUUCCAUUGGAUAAUCGUUGUCCUGAUGAUCACUUAUUUUUUCUUGUUCUUCCUCUUUACCCUGGUAAUAAAUAAACUGUUGGAGAAAUGUAAGCAUAU